AAGCCAAUACGGCAAGAAAGUCCAACAUCUAGAUAUACCAUAGUACUUACGCGUUAUCUAUACGUCCCUAAUGUCCGGCUGUUAUACUGACCCGCAAUCAGAGACAGAGUACAGUAACAGAAUGUUUGUUUUACGCAGCGAAUACGCGGUAGUUUUAUUCCUCACUUUAACCCAGAGUCUGGCUUUCGGGACUUUGGAAGAUGGGACGCGAGGUAUGCAGGGAUUGAGCAAGGGAGUGAUCGAUUCCUUGGAAUCUUCUUGGGUCCAUGGACUCGAUGCAUUUACGCGUUCCGCCGAUUCUGAAGCUUGUGCAAAUGAAGUUUCCGCGCUGUUGCAAGCAUUUUCCGCCAACGAGACGUGGCUUCUGCAGAUGGUGGAUUCCGGGUCGAAACUGCAGUCGGGAAUUUUGAAGGGAAAUGUUCGCGACCUCGGUAUGUACAGCGAAUGCGUUGAGAUCAACAAAGUGUACAACAACGUUACGGUCCAGGGAAAACAUUGCAUGGUUUCGAUCGGGAUGGCAUCCUCACCGGCGUCUAGGGCUGUCAUGCCUUCUUCCGGUGGUUUCGGUUUUACAUCGGCGGUAUGUGUACCGAAAUCUUGCAGCGAAGCCGAAAUCAUUGAAAUAGUAAAUUCCACGAUUAGGAAUUUGUCGCAAAUGGUCGACCCGGGGAUUUCAGUGAAUGGUGCAUCGUGUGCUCGAGUCGACCCGGAGGAUUUUACACUGGGUGAAAUUUUGACUCUAAUUUUCUUUGCAACGGUAGCCGGUGUCAUAAUUUUGUGCACAGUUUGCGAUAUUUUGAGGAGAUGCAAUCCCACGACUGCGUCUUUCGCCCUCAACGAAAUCUCUAAAUUUUCGCUCUACACGAAUGCACUAGCUCUACUCAGUACCAAAGUCAACCCUCAGACCAUGCCUUCCAUCCAAGGAAUACGGUUUUUGAGCAUGUGUUGGGUCGUACUUGGUCAUCGUUACGUCACCACUCUCGUUAGACCGGUCUACAAUUUUCUGGACAUAUUCGCCUGGAACAAUAGUUGGGUUGCUGUAUACGUACAAGCUGCGACGUUUGCCGUUGACACUUUCUUCGUGAUCAGUGGAUUUCUCAUGGCCUAUUUGUUCAUAAAGGCCAGAAAAUCAGGGAAGAAUUUCAAUAUUCUCACGAUGUACAUCCACCGUUAUCUCAGAUUAACACCAUGCCUUGCCGCUGUUAUGCUGUUCACCGCAGUACUUUUACACAGAGUAGCUAACGGUCCUCUAUGGGCGAGUUCGAUCGCAUUUCUUACCACACCUUGCGAGAAAAAUUGGUGGGUCAAUUUGUUAUACCUACAAAACAUUGUGAGAGAAGGAGACAGCUUUUUGCCGCAUACUUGGUACCUGGCAGUGGACAUGCAACUCUUUUGGAUAUCUCCCUUUAUCUUGUACCCCGUAUGCCGUUGGCCAAAAUACGGAAUCGGGCUACUGGUUGUCUUUUUAAUUGCCUCUGUAAUCACACCGGUUAUCGUUCUCGCUGUUAACGGAUACACUAACGCUCUGGUUCGCUUGGACAUAGAUGAUUUAAACAAGAUCAUGGACGGUUUCAACAAGUACUAUAAGCCGACUUAUAAUCGAGCUUGCGCUUACUUCUUGGGUAUUGUUUUGGGUUACGAAGUUGCGAACAAGAAAAGAGACCUCGGUCGAGCACAAGUCGCGUGUGGUUGGAUUUUGGCCUGUUUUCUCGCUCUGUUUUGCGGGUGGGCCACUCAUCGCGCAUAUAACACCACCCAUCCGUACAACAAGAUCAUGGAAAUAAUGUUCGCUAUUUUGCUAAGACCCUCUUGGUCGGUCUCAAUGGCUUGGAUCGUCUACGCGACGACCCAAGGAUACGGAGGUAUCGUGACCAGGUUUCUAUCAGCCCCGAUAUUUCUGCCUUUGAGUCGUUUGACGUAUUGCAUUUAUUUGGUGCAUAUAGUAAUUCAAAUAACAAGAAAUUCUGCGGCGGAAACGGCGACUUUGUUUCAGGACUUUGAACUGUUCAGCGAGGUGUGGAGCGAUCUCGCUCUCUCUAUCCCGAUCGCUUUCGCAUUGAGUUUAUUCUUUGAAUCGCCGGUCGUAGUUUUGGAAAAAAUGUUGUCUAAUCGUGGCCGGAAGGCAGAACGAGCCUCUCUCAUGCAAGAGUCCAAGGAGGACUUGGAGCGGGGGAUUCGGAAUAAAGCGAUGCCCCCAGAAGACUGAUUAGUUUUUAAUUAUUUUAUAUCCGAUCCAUGUAAAAUAUUUAUCCAUCUUUCAUUUUGUAUGAUAAUGUUUUAAUUUUGUACUUGUGUUUAGUUGUGCGGAAAUUUAUGUAUCAAUAAAUUAUUCGAUAUA